CUUUGGCGUCGCCUUCUUUCCUUUGGCAGCGUGUUCCGGUCCUCAAUCUCACCGAGAAGGGGAUGGAAAAGAAUCGGAGCGUCGCGUCGGGAUCGGGCGCCGACCCGGUGCGCAGCUUCGACCGCUGGAAGAAGAGGUACGCCAAACGCAAAGACAAGCAGCGGGAACAGCGCAAGCAAAAGAAACCGGAGUGGCAAGUGGAGAGGGAGUCGAUCGCCGCCUUGGAAAGGCGCUACUCGGAGAUAAAUACAAAUGAAGUGACAAGAUUUUCUGAUUUCCCAAUAUCCAGGAAAACUCUGAAAGGUUUACAGGAAGCUCAAUAUCGCAUGGUGACUGAAAUACAGAAGCAGACCAUAGGUUUGGCAUUGCAGGGUAAAGAUGUUCUGGGAGCUGCGAAGACAGGAUCAGGCAAAACUUUGGCUUUUAUUGUACCUGCUCUAGAAAUUUUAUACCGACAACAGUGGACUGCCAUGGAUGAACUGGGUGUUUUGAUAAUAUCUCCUACCAGAGAAUUGGCUUACCAGACAUUUGAAGUCCUGCGUAAAGUGGGGAAGAAUCAUGAAUUUUCUGCAGGUCUGAUCAUUGGCGGAAAGGACUUGAAACAAGAAUCAGACAAAAUCCAUAAUAUGAAUAUCCUCAUUUGUACACCUGGUCGUCUUUUACAACAUAUGGAUGAAACCUCGUAUUUCCAUGCCUCUAAUCUUCAAGUGCUGAUCCUUGAUGAAGCUGAUAGAAUUCUGGACAUGGGCUUCGCCGAUACCAUGAAUGCAAUUAUAGAGAAUCUUCCUAAAAAACGGCAGACCUUGCUUUUCUCAGCUACACAGACCAAAUCUGUGAAAGACCUUGCUCGGUUGAGCUUGAAGGAUCCAGAAUACAUCUGGGUGCAUGAAAAAGCAAAGUUCAGUACUCCAGCAACCUUGGAACAGAACUACAUUGUUUGUGAACUGUACCAGAAAGUCAAUAUGUUGUACUCUUUUCUGAGGAGUCACCUGAAUAAGAAGAGUAUUGUAUUUUUUGCAAGCUGCAAAGAGGUUCAGUAUUUGUUUAGAGUAUUUUGUCGCCUUCGACCGGGACUCCCUAUACUGGCUCUUCAUGGCAAACAGCAGCAGAUGAAAAGAAUGGAAGUUUACCAAGAUUUUUUGCGUAAGAAAUCUGCAGUUCUUUUCGCUACGGAUCUUGCAGCUCGUGGGCUAGACUUCCCUGCUGUGAACUGGGUCAUCCAGGUUGACUGUCCAGAAGAUGCAAAUACAUAUAUUCACAGAGUUGGGAGAACAGCCAGGUACAAAGAAGGUGGUGAAGCUCUCCUCGUUUUGCUUCCUUCAGAGGAAAAUGGCAUGAUUCAGCAGCUGUCACAGAAGAAAGUUCCUGUCAGCAAUAUCAAAAUCAACCCUGAGAAACUUUUAGAUGUCCAGAAGAAACUGCAGUCCUUAUUGGCUCAGGAUCAAGAUUUGAAAGAACGUGCACAACGGUGUUUUGUUUCUUACCUGCGAUCUGUCUACCUAAUGAAGAACAAAGAAGUAUUUGAUGUGUUAAAGUUACCUAUUGCUGAAUAUGCCCUCUCUCUUGGGCUUGCAGUGGCCCCUCGUGUACGAUUUCUCCAGAAAGUCCAGAAGAAACUGCAUACAGCGGAGCUUGAAAAAGGGGGGAAGGAGCAGGCUGAGGACACAAAGUUUUCUUUAAGUGAUGAGGAGUUAGAAAAAUGCAGGAGAAUUUUCUCUAGAACAGGCAUGUUGGGACAAAAAGAGCCAGAAGGCCUCUCUGGGAAAAGCAGUCCUGUUGAAGAAGCAUUGCAGAGUCCGUCUGAGCCAGAAGAGCCUGUGAUAGUCCAUGAAUCAAAGCCUGAAAGUCUGAAUUUUUUCGAAGAUGAUGAUGAUGAUGGAGAUGACGAUGACAAUGCCUUUAAGGACGUGCUGACUGUAAAACGGCGAAAUGUAUUUGGCUUGGAACCAGAAGAGAAAGCACCAUUGAUAAAACCGAAUGUAAAACUGAAGAAGAAAAUAACUAAAACAAAAGAAGCUAAAAAGGUUUUGAAGAGAAAUUUUAAAGUAAAUACAAAAAUUGUAUUUACUGAUGACGGAGAGUUGAUUCAGCAGUGGCCACCAGCACAAAAGUCUAUCCUGGACAAAGAGGAAGAUGGCGAUGAUUGUAAUGGAAUCAAUCUAGACAAAGCAAAAGAAAGACUUCAGGAGGAGGAUAAAUUUGACAAAGAGGAAUAUAGAAAGAAAAUUAAAGAAAAACACAGGGAGAAAAGGCUUAAAGAAAAGGCAGCUAGAAGGGAAGCCAGGAAGAUGAAUGCAAAGAUUGAAGAAGACACUAUAGCUUUUCUGGAUCACAGUGACAGUGAUGAGGAAUUUGAUCCAAGUACACUUCCAGAUCCAGAUGGAAACAAAGAUGUCAAACAAGAAAUUCUUCCAAAAAGCCACAGCAAAAGUGGAAUGGAUAAGCGGCGGUUGGAUGGAAGCAAAUCAGCAGUGGAAACACCACAAAAGAAGAAGAAGAAGAUGAAAGUUAACCAAGAGGACUCUUUUCUACCAUUAGAUACAGGUCUUUCCCUUGCAGAAGAUGAAGCAUUAGUAUUACAAUUGCUCAACAAUUAAACCUCUUUUUCCACCGUUGGCAAUGUUAUUCCAGUUAUUUUUGUCGUUAUUAAACAAAGACAAGGAUAGAUGAAUGCCAAAAAAUAUUCAUGUGUUAACAACUGAAAGUAUAGAUUCUCUGAUGUGUGCCUAUAGUUCAUAGGUGUACUCUGUUAUGAAAGUUGUAAGUGUCUUUAUCUGUCAGAUCUUUCAAUAGUUAUUUUUUCUAAGAUGCCAGGAGGUGUUUUUUUAAAAAAAUAUAUAUACAAUAAUUCUUUGUACAGAAAGCUAUGAGUAACCCAGGAGGAUAAAUCAGUCUCAUCUUGUGGUAAAUUUUAUAAGGUAAAAUGACCAAAAUUGAAUGGAUACCCAUAGAAAUAUUUUAAAUAUUAUUUAUGUCAAAGAAUACAUUUUUUUCCAAAAUAAAAUGAAAAAAGGUUUGACUUCAAUUUUCCUUAAAGCAUUUACAUGAUAUUCCCAAUGUUGAUAUAAAUUUUCCUUGCUUUUGCUUUCUAGUCAACUAUCAAUAAAUCAAGAUACUAAUAAUUCUGUAUAUCAUUUCUUCUUAUGGGAUAUUUCCAGAUUUUUUUUUCCUUCAAGCACUCAGUUUCAAUCACUAAAUAACAUUCCAACAGCGUACAUUUUUCACCAUUGUUAGCAGGAAAAAAAUAUGCAGGUUGAAAUGUGUU